UCUUUCCUGGGCGGGCCCCCGGGCCGGGACAGGGGAACUGGAAGCGGCCAAGUCCGGGCGCGCUCUCCUCCCGCCGCCCGGUUCUCAUCUCGCCAUGGUUCGUCUGCUUCUGCAGUGUCUCUUCUGGGCCUGCUUUCUGACCGCCGUCCACGCAGAACCAGCCACUGCUUGCGGAGAAAAGCGAUACCCAGUGGACAGUCAUUGCUGUGAUUUGUGUCCGCCGGGACAGAAACUGGUGAACGACUGCACGGAGGUCAGCCAAACAGCAUGCCAGUCCUGUGGCAAAGGCGAAUUCCUGUCCACCUGGAACAGAGAGAAAUACUGUCACGAGCACAGAUACUGCAACCCCAACCUAGGGCUCCAGAUCCAGAGCAAGGGCACCUUGAAUACAGACACCACUUGUGUGUGUGUUGAAGGCCAACACUGUACCAGUCACACCUGCGAAAGCUGCACGCCCCACAGCUUGUGUCUCCCUGGCUUCGGGGUCAAGCAGAUCGCUACAGGGGUUUCGGAUACCAUCUGUGAACCCUGCCCGGCCGGCUUCUUCUCCAAUGUGUCGUCUGCUUUUGAAAAGUGUCACCGUUGGACAAGCUGCGAGAGAAAAGGCCUGGUGGAACAACAUGCGGGGACGAAUAAGACAGACGUUGUCUGCGGUUUCCAGAGUCGGAUGAGGACCCUGGUGGUGAUCCCCAUCACGAUGGGAGUACUGUUUGCUGUCCUGUUGGUAUCUGCCUGUAUCAGUGAGUCCCCAGGGAACAUGACCAAGAAAAAACAGGCUAAGGCCCUGCACCCUGGAAGGCAGGAUCCCGUGGAGACGAUUGAUCCGGAGGACUUGACCGGCCCCCAGCCACCUCCUCCGGUGCAGGAGACCUUAUGUUGGUGUCAGCCGGUCACCCAGGAGGACGGCAAGGAGAGCCGCAUCUCCGUGCAGGAGCGAGAAUGAGGCUGCGGGCGCCCAGCGGAGUGGCAGCCCGGGCACAUGGACACCAACCUGGGGCUGCUGCUGCGGGGGAGGGCGACAGCUGCCCUCUGCCUGCACCCCUGCAGCCCGGAAGGAGUUCACCUUGGGGCGCCUUUCACCCCAGCCCUGGAGCCCGUUCAAUCUCCCAACCUGCUUUUAAGGAUGGUAACAAAACUUUGGGGAGGACACACAAUAAUAUCCACCAGACCUUCCACCCCAGCAAGCGGUUCAUUGCUGACAGAUGUCAUUCGGCGGCUGCUCCGAGCCCAGGAGGCAUGUACAUGGAUAUGCAUCGCAGUAUUGUUUGUGACAGUGAGCAACUGGAAACUGCUUAACUGUCCAUCACCAGGGGACUGGCUAAAUAAAAUUGUAAUAUAUUUAUGCAACAGAUCUUAAAAA